AUGUAUAUCUCCAAGCCUUCUGUUCUCUACUUCCUCGCCACUGCCACCGCCGGUGCGCAGGCCUUCUCCUUCAAUGAGGCAGUCCUAAAGCCGCGAGCCUCCUGUCCCUCCGUAUGGAAUGAUGUGGUCAGCGAGCUCAACGGCUUGUUCGUGUCUGGCGGACAGUGCAACGACGAUGCUCGCGCGGCCAUUCGCCUGAGCUUCCACGACUGUUUCUCUGGUGCUGGAUGUGACGGCUCGCUCGUCUUGGCCCAAGAGUACACCCGCUCAGAGAACGCAGGCCUGCAGGAUAUUUCUCUCAAAGUCGGUGAUCUGGCAAAUAAGUACAACGUCGGUGUAGCAGACAUGAUCCAGUUUGCUGGUGCGGUUGCAACCACAGCCUGUCCCCUCGGUCCACGCAUUCGGGUCCUCGUUGGCCGCACAGAUUCCAGCACGCCUGCCCCCGAAGGCGAUCUGCCCAACGACAAAGCUUCCGCAUCUACGCUGAUCAGCCAAUUCCAAGCCAAAGGCUUCAGUGCCACUGACCUCGCAGCACUGGUGGGCGCACACAGCGCGGCAAAGCAGUUCAAUGCAAUUCCAGAAAAGUCGGGCCAGUCGCUUGACUCGACGCCUGGCACAUGGGACACCAAGUUCUACUCGGAAACGCUUAAUGGCAAAGCACCCGUCAGCCUUGAUAGCGAUAUCAACCUUUCCAAUGACUCUAGGACUAGUGGCAGCUUCAAGGUCUUCGCAGCCGGACAGGCAGCGUGGGCUGUUGCAUAUGUCAAUGCCAUGAACAAGAUGACGGUUCUGGGCAACAACGUUGGAAACCUGACCGAUUGCACCAGCCUUCUCAUUGGUGGCACCAGUAAACGCGAUGUUAAGGCUGCGGAUAUCGCAGGCAGGAUAUAGUCCGCUCUGGCUACGCGUUAACAUUGUCUCAGCGCUAAGGUUCAGCUUGAUUUUAUCUUAAUUCCCGGCCCGCAUGGAGCACUCAUUUACUCACGACGCAGGUAACAGCAUCUGUCUGUCUUUCGUUUUUCUUAGCGCUCAUUUAUUUCCAAUCUCCAAGAGACAGACCAUGGGGAAGGCGUUGGAGCUCGCGGCGUUAGAUGCAGUUCACUGAUUGAUUGACUGGCCGGCCAUCUGCUUCAGAUUCGCAUAUCUAUUAUCUCCCACAUAAAUAUUUAGGUAGCUACGUACGCAACUUAAGACAGUAAUAGAGAGUAGUUGAAAGCAC